CUGUAUGACCUUCAGCGAAUACCGUUUGGUGAUUCUGAGUAUAAGGUACGCAACCCUCGUCGACACACUCUCAAUCUUUACAACGUUGUUAACGAGAGACUUUACUGUUUGAGCAGCGAUGCUGCAAAGCCAUGCUUUGUGCUUUCAUUCAAAGAGCUGAUGAUAAUGUUGGACUGCGGUCUCUCAGCUCACUCAGUGUUGAACUUCCUGCCAUUGCCGCCUGUGCCCAGCACUCGCCUCGCUUCCCUGCCCAACUAUACUCCGCCACAUGUCAAUGAUCCUCUUUUAGAAGGAGAAUUAAAAGAAUGCUGUGGGCGAGUAUUUGUGGAUAGUAUUCCUGAGUUCUGUCCACCCCUAGACAAAGUGGUGGACUUUUCACAACUGGAUGUAAUCCUCAUCUCUAACUACACCUGCAUGAUGGCGUUGCCUUUUAUCACUGAAGAAACAGGAUUCAAAGGGCAGGUGUAUGCAACCGAACCCACUUUGCAAAUAGGAAGGUUCUACCUGGAGGAGCUGAGCGCGUGGCUGGCGGCGGGCGGGGCGGGCGGCGGGGCGGGCAGCGGUGGCGAGGCGCGGCGCUGGAAGGAGCUGGUGCACGUGCUGCCGGCGCCGCUGGCGCACGCGCAGCGGCCGCGCGCCUGGCGCCGCCUGUUCUCGGGCGCGGCGCUGGCGCGGGCGCUGGCGCGCGUGCGCGUGGUGGGCUACGACGAGCGCGUGCGCCUGUACGGCGCGCUCGACGCCACGCCCGUCAGCUCCGGCUUCUGCCUCGGCUCCGCCAACUGGGUGCUGCGCACGCCGCACGAGAAGAUCGCGUACGUGAGCGGGUCGAGCACGCUGACGACGCACCCGCGGCCCAUCAACCAGGCGGCGCUGCGCGGCGCCGACGUGCUGAUCCUGGCGGCGCUGACGCAGACGCCGGCGCACAACCCCGACCACAUGCUGGGCGACCUGUGCGUGCACGCGGCGCUCACGCUGCGCGGCGGCGGCUCGCUGCUGCUGCCCGUGUACCCGUCGGGCGUGCUGUACGACCUGCUCGAGUGCCUCUCCGCGCACCUGGACGGCGCGGGGCUGGGGCACGUGCCGCUCUACGUGGUGUCGCCGGUGGCCGACUCCUCGCUGGCCUACAGCAACAUCCUUGCCGAGUGGGUGUCGGCGGGCAAGCAGGCGCGCGUCUACCUGCCCGAGGAGCCGUUCCCGCACGCGGCGCUCGUGCGCGCCGGCCGCCUGCGCCACGCCAAGCACCUGCACGACGACGCCUUCUGCGCGGACUUCCGACAGCCCUGCGUGGUAUUUUGCGGACACCCCAGUUUGCGGUUCGGUGCCGCCGUGCAUUUGGUGGAGCUGUGGGCCAACAACCCAGCCCACGCAAUCAUUUUCACAGAACCGGAUUUCCCGUACUUGGAGGCGCUGGCGCCGUUCCAGCCACUGAGCAUGAAGGCAUUCCACUGUCCAAUCGACACGUCGCUGAACUACGCGCAGGCCAACAAGUUGGUGCGCGAGCUGCGGCCGCGCGAGCUGGUGUUGCCCGAGCAGUACGCCGCGCCCACCGGGGUGGUGGGUGCGGGGGGAGCAGUUGGUGGGGCGGGCGGCGCGCGGCCCCACGUGGUGGCGGACGGGCCGGUGACGGUGGUGCGGCGCGGCGCGGCGCGCGCGCUGGGCGUGCGGCGGCGCGCGGCGCGCGGCGCGCUGUGCGGCGCGCUGGCCGCCGGCUGCGCGCCGCGCGAGCUGCGCGCCGGCCUGCGCGCCGCGCCGCUCGUGGCCCAGCUGGCGCUGCGCGACGCGCGCCUCGAGCUGAGCGCCGCGCAGCCGCACGGCCCGCUGCCCGCGCCGCUCCCGCAGCUGUGCGGCGCGCUGGCCGCCGGCUGCGCGCCGCGCGAGCUGCGCGCCGGCCUGCGCGCCGCGCCGCUCGUGGCCCAGCUGGCGCUGCGCGACGCGCGCCUCGAGCUGAGCGCCGCGCAGCCGCACGGCCCGCUGCCCGCGCCGCUCCCGCAGUGGAUACUGUACGAUAAUCGGAAGCGCUCUUCGCAAUGGCUGAACCCUGGAGACCCAGCGAAGAUUGACUCACCGGUGGCGCUGGGCGCGCCCGACGUGGCGGCGCUGGUGCGCGAGCUGGCGCGCGAGGGGCUGGGCGACGCGCGCGUGGAGGCGGGCGCCGACGGCUGCAUCGUGCACCUGCCGCGCCACGACACGCUGCUGCACGUGGAGCGCCACGCCACGCACGUGUUCUGCGAGGGCCGCGCGCACGUGCGCCAGGCGCUGCGGCGCGCGCUCGCCGCAUGCACGCCGCACGUGUAG